AUGGCCGCCGUCAACCACACCGGAGUGAGCCACACUGUCUUCCUCUUGCUGGGCAUCCCCGGCCUGGAGGGCCUGCACAGGUGGGUCUCCAUCCCCUUCUUCACCUCCUACGUCAUCGCCCUGCUGGGGAACAGCCUGCUCGUCGGCAUCAUCCUCAGCAGACGCAGCCUCCACGAGCCCAUGUACCUGUUCCUCUGCAUGCUGGCUGGGGCAGACGUUGUCAUCUCCACCUGCACGGUCCCUCAGGCCUUGGCCAUCUUCUGGUCAAACGCCAGGAAGAUCUCCCUAGAUCGCUGUGUUGCUCAGGUAUUCUUUAUCACGUCAACGUUUGUCUGCGAGUCAGGGAUUUUGCUGGUGAUGGCCUUUGACCGCUACGUCGCCAUCUGCUACCCCCUGAGAUACACCACUAUUCUCACACACGCACUCAUUGGGAAAAUCGGAGUGGUCACUUUUCUGAGAAGCUAUGUAAUACUUUUCCCUAUAAUAUUCCUUCUCAAAAGACUGACUUUCUGCAGAGGAAACAUUCUCCCCAACACUGCUUGUAAGCACAUUGUCUUGGCCCGUGUGUCCUGUGAUGACAUACGAGUCAACAUCUGGUAUGGGAUUUUUGUUCUAGUAUCAACCUUGGUCAUUGAUAUUGUGCUAAUCUUUGUGUCCUAUGUGUUGAUUCUCCGUGCUGUCUUCUGCAUCCCGUCCCGAGAUGCUCGCCACAAAGCUCUCAACACCUGUGGCUCCCACGUCUGUGUCAUCCUCCUUUUCUAUGCACCUGCCAUCUUCUCAGUCCUCACUCAGCGGUUUGGACAUCACAUUGCGCCCCACAUCAAGGUCCUACUGGCAGAUGUCUAUAUUCUAGUUCCACCUAUGGUGAAUCCCAUCAUCUAUGGCAUUAAGACUAAACAGAUCCGGGAUCAGGUCGUUCAUCUGUUCUGUGCAAAGCAGAAAUGAACAUGGUGACGGAAACAACUUUGUUCU